GUCAGUCUAAGGAAACUCGCGAGAAAAGCCUUCUCACAAGUCGAUCAACAAUCUGGACUUAAUCUGCUCCAGGCUCCUGUCUUUGAAGGAAAAUACAACAUUGUUUUAAAUGCUUAUGGCCUUCUUGAUAACUUUGAAGAAGAGACGGAACUUGUAACAACGGAACGUAACGCCAAAGUGUUUUCAGGGAAGACUGCAACGGACACCUUAUCUCGUACAAAGAGAAAAAAACCAAGUCAUGUUAGUAUCGAAAGACUUAAUGACAAGUGGGCUAUGGACAACAGUAGAAUAACUGAACAGCAGUGGACUACAUGCCAUGAUGAUGCGGAACAAGCAGUUGAGUUUGUGUUAAAUGGCGGUAUAGAUAUUAAUGCCUCAGGAUCAGACAAUGAUUGGACAGCUUUGUUGCAGGCGAGUCGUUCAUCCUCAAGUCAGUUCAUUGAGACCCUCAUUGAUCUUGGGGCCGACGUUAAUGCCCAAAGAAGAGAAAGUAAAGAAACACCACUAAUGUUAGCAGCUGACUGGAACAACUACAUGGCCGCGUACUUGCUUUUAAGACAUGGAGCUGAUGUAAAUGUACAGAUUAGUAAUGGGUUCACACCACUGCACUUAUCAGUCAAAAAAAAUCACGAAAAUCUCAUCAAAUUAUUACUUGCAAACAAAUUGGUUGUAAAUAUUCAAGAUAAAUGUGGAUAUACACCCUUGCACUGGUGUGCCAAAGAGGGUCACGAAUACCUCUGUAGAUUGUUACUUGAACACAACGCGAAUGUAAAUAUGAAAGAUUAUUUUGGAGAUACACUAUUGCACUGGUGUGCCAAAGAGGGUCACGAAAACCUCUGUAGAUUGUUACUUGAACACAACGCGGAUCUAAAUACGAAAGAUUCUUUUGGAGAUACACCCUUGCACCGGUGUGUCAGAGAGGGUAACGAAAACCUCUGUAGAUUGUUACUUGAAUAUAACGCGGAUGUAAAUACGAAAGAUUCUGUUGGAGAUACACCCUUGCACCGUUGUGUCAGAGAGGGUAACGAAAACCUCUGUAGAUUGUUACUUGAAUAUAACGCAGAUGUAAAUAUUCAAGAUGAAGGUGGAUACACACCCUUACACCGGUGUGUCAGAAAGGGUAACGAAAUCAUCUGUAGAUUGUUACUUGAACACAACGCGAAUGUAAAUAUUCAAGAUGAAGGUGGAUUCACACCCUUGCACCGGUCUGUCAGAAAGGGUAACGAAAACCUCUGUAGAUUGUUACUUGAACAUAACGCAGAUGCAAAUAUUCAAGGUAAAGAUGGAUAUACACCCUUGCACUGGUGUGCCAGAGAGGGUAACGGAAGCAUUUGUAGAUUGUUACUUGAACACAACGCGAAAGUAAAUAUUCAAGAUAAUUAUAGAAAUACACCCUUGCACUGGUGUGCCAGAAAGGGUAACGAAAACAUCUGUAGAUUGAUACUUAAACACAACGCGGAUGUAAAUUUCCAAGAUACAUACGGAUAUACACCCUUGCACCUGUCUGCCUCAAAGGGUAACGAAAACCUCUGUAGAUUGUUAUUUGAACACAACGCGGAUGUAAAUAUUCAAGGUUAUGACGGAUGUACACCAUUGCACCUGUCAGCUCGUGGAAACAGCGAUUGCAGUAAGAUAAUCGAUCUUCUGAUGAAGUACGGGAAGCAAAACAUAAACAUCCGUAAUGCAGAAGGUUUGACUCCUCUUCAAAUGGCAGUGAGACAUGGUAACGCACGAGCUGUAAAAAAGCUCGUCAAGCUAGGAGCUGAUGUUAGUGUGGUUAAAGCCGAUGGAACUGAUGCCAAAAGACUGAAACUCUUGAAGAAGGAAGCGAAGAGGAUGAAGCAAGAUCUUAAGUCUCAAAUGAGUACUGCGCAAAAAGCUAACGAAACAAAAUAUAUGACAAAUGUCGCUUCUGUUCAAGGGGCAGAAAGACUCGAAGAGUUUUAUCUCCAAUCAGAGAAAAUACGGAGGAGAACACUCUCGUAUACGUAUACAACACGGGAAAUACAGGAGGACCCGGAAGCGGAACAAGUGGAGACACUAGCAGUGAGACACCCCAAAUCAAAGGCCACUACAUCCUCAAGAACAAAUAGAUGUGUAAUGUUGUGACGAAAAAAGGAAAUAGUUCGAGUUACCGGGAGUUCGAGUUAUCGAGGGUAAAAUUAUACAGAAAGCGAUCUGAAGGGAAAUGUAAAUUGCUUCGAGUUAGCGGGAGAGGUUCGAGUUACCGGGAUUUGACUAUAGUAUAACUGCCCUGAUCUGUUUUAGUUGCCCAGCUAUUCAAUUUUAUCCUACGUGUUUCGUGUGACUGACGUCUCAAACUUCAUCAGGGAGUUCUAAAACAAGACUCAGGAUGUCUGUAUAUACUUGAACCUCAAACAAACUGUAGGCCCCAAAACCUUUUUCCUCGCAUAAAGUAUUUCUAGCCUGCGUUGCAGCCGGACUUGUCGCUCAAGGCCCGGUCUGCGACCCAGGCUAAGUAUUUCGCGCCUUGCAAAAAAAUUUCCCACACGCAUCACCACGAAAUUUGUGGUUCUUAAAAAAGGUCCGUGGGUGUUUGUAUGAAAGUAAAAUUUGGUGUGUUUUGGGUAUAUAUAUAUAUAUAUAUAUAUAUAUAUAUAUAUAUGCGUUAUUGAAAGCAUCUAAACGCCUGUAUUUCCUUAGAAAUUAAAGCGCGCUUAUGUCUAGAAGGCCGAUCUGCUCAGUAGAUUUUACACCAUCUGCAUAAGGUCUAGCUCCUGUUUGUGAUUACGCGAUUCCUGUGUUUCACGCUUCGUUACCUCAGUUCCUAAUCGACGAUUUGGGGCGUGUACGAAAGAAGGCUCUCUCCAUCUAACCUGAGAUCAGGCUCUAUUUUCGUUUCGCUUUGAAAAUUACAUUCCGGCGGGCAAGGCGAAACGAAAAGAGAGCCUGGUACAAACCUUCUACGAAACGUCUGCCGCCCACUUUUUUGAUUGAUUGACAUUUGCCGAAUCAGUCAACUAAAAUUGCUUCCGUUGCUUGUUUUUCUAGUAUGCAAAUUUUUCACGCGUGGGAAAAAUGCAGACUGGCUGCCUUAAAAAAAGCUUUUUCCAGCUAAAAAUAAAACAGUCAGCACAAUCACAUUCAACUUCUUGCGAGAUUAAGGGAGAUCUCGAACGUUAUUUCUGUUGGCGUAGAAGGUAAAAAGAUUUCGAAAAGACGGCGACACGAUGUUCUACUAGUUUUAUUAUUUUGGCUAGGCGCGAUCGAAUUUAAAAUACUGAAAUUUCUAUUUUUCUGUUGCCUUAAUAUUUUCCUCGGCAAUUUCCCUCGAUUUUCAGUACAUAAAUCUUUAAAUCCAAAAGCAAACAGCCAACGAGCGAGGGCACCAGUUUUCCUGGUUUAUUUUUUACAAAAAACGAAGGCAAACAACCAGUCUGUUACCUUUUUAACAAUGCCUACAAAAAUUCCUUGAACAGCGAUGCGAUAUUUUUCGUCUAAUUCUUCACAGUUGGCGAUUGAGGUUUCUUUCGCAGUGCCGGAGCCUCCGCUUGCGUACCCCGUUCAGAGAAGUCAUUCCCGGCUAAACUUUCAAAUGAAACCAGUUUUAAGAUGGACAGUAUUUUGAUUUGCACUCGUUUGUUGGUAAAUCAAAAGGCACCUUGUUAUCGGCCAACAACUUGCAUAGGGAUUCAACUCCGCGAUAAACUCACAUUAGUUCCGUAAAUAAAGCAAAUCCUGAGAAGAUAUGAACAACCCUAUGAGUUUUCUGAAUUUCCAUGGCACAUAUUAAGGCAUAUUUUCCUACCAUAAGACCAUAAAACAAUAAAAAAGACAGCAAAAUCGAUCAUUCCCUGCGCCGACGACGGAUCAUUCACGAAAACAACCACGCGAGGAAUAAGCGCUUUCAACUUCCGGCGUUUCCGACAGCCAAUCAGAUCUUGUGGCAUUGUUCUAACAGCCAAUCAGCGUUACGGCCAAAAUCUGGCCGUAACGAGCACAAACCAGUUCGGGAGUAUGCCAGUUUUGGAAGAAGCGAAAACAAUGGUCUACGUCACCAACCAUAACAUGAUCACCAUGGCGAUGGCCAUUUUCAAAACAUACAAAAUGGCGGACAAGGGAGAGGAGAAGAACGAGUAUUGACCAAAAUUCUCGUUUAUUCUUGUUUUAUCGAGCCUUUUAUUUGUCUUUUUGUUACUAUGAAUUGGGAAGUACCUUGAGGACAGGGAGUAACCAUUCUUGCGCUAUAGUUCUUCGCUUAUCGCGCGCUUAGUAGGCACUGCGUACUCACUGCGUAUGUAAUCAGUACAUCGAAAAUAGGUAAGCACGCUAACAAGUUUGUGCCUAUUUAUUUCAUCAUUUUUUUAUAUCAUAAGGAAAAAAGAAUGCUUUGGAAACAACUAAAAAGUGAGUUGUUCUAUAAUUCAUUGUAAUUUUUCCCGUUGCAUCUGUUCUCUCCCGCGAGUGAGCGACUGGCCGGAGAAGACGGCUGUAAUUCAGGUUAGUGUUUUGGUGCAAGCGAGUCAUUUGUGAGUAAAAUAUCUGUUUUUUCGAAUAUGAUGUUCUGUUGGUUUAUGUCUUGAAGCAGUUCCGUCCAGGUAUACAACAGGUUUACAAGCGAUUUCUGAGGGUAUUGUGCCCGCGUUUUCUUCUUGAAAACCCACAAAGUGAAAAUCUUACUUAUCAUCCCAGAUCAUUUUUUUUUGUCCCGCUUCAAAAAAACCUGUUGCUUUCAAUUAUUCCACUUUCUGAAGUUAACUGAUUAUUUGGUCAAGCUUAACAAAUGCAAGAGGCUCUUAAGAAUUUAAUAUACAUAUUGGAAAACUAAGAAUUAUGCUUCUUACAUGCUUUUGGAUCUAUUGAUUAAAAUGGGAUACUAUAGUCUUGGUAGUCCACCGGAUUUGACCAGAGGUCAGAGAUCAACAAGGUUAUGUAUGAUUUGUUAUAAAAUAUCCUCUUGUAUGGGAUUUGAUGUUACAUCCAAAUAAUACUAAAUUAUUGUUUUUAACUCUGGGGUUGCCUUUAAACCAAAGGCAUUGUAACUUUGAGGAGCACUUUUCUCCAAGUCUUCUCUGUGGGGACCCUCAAACAAUUCUAUUAGACAAGGUUUGGCCCAAAAUAAUAAAUGAUUACUGCCCUUGGCAUGGACACAACAUAAGUUUUCCAAAGUUCUUUUUCAUAGCCGGUUCUUCAUGUUUCUAUUGAACAGCACUUUCAAGAAAACAAAGCUCACACAUCAGAGUAAAGAUACAAUAAAAGUUAUUUAUUGUUAUAUUUUGUUUUUUGUAAAUAAACAUUUUAUUUUAGGUCCUGACAGUUAAUUCUUUCCGUAUUACUGUUUUUGAUCCUGACCUGCAUGACUCGCUGCCAUGGCUACCUGGCUCGCAUAUUAUACACACUCUUUUAUCUCAAAAUCUUGUUUUUUUAACACCUUCUUGGACAUGAAAACCAAAAUCCAAAACUUAAUUGAUAUAAUGAAGACAGUAGCAGCUGACAUCGAUUUUCAAUAGUUAUCUUGUGAGAUGUCUCUCAUGUAUUAUUUAUUAGGGAGGAUGAUUUGUAGAAGACGAUGCAUUAACAUAGAUGCUUUUUCAUCAAGAGAAUCUCAAUAAUUUAGGAUUUAUUCAAAUACACACAUAUUCGAUAUUAUGACAUCAAAUGUGGGCUUAUUGCUCAUGUAAAGGGAUUGAUGAGGGAGAGCGUGGCAUUUUUCAUGUUUCUGAUUGACCUUUUGCGCAGCACAGGGACUGAACAUAUUAUGUAUUUGGCAUCUGUAAAGUAUAAACAAUAUUUGACGCGAGGGAUUGAACAUUAUGUAGAGAAAAUCUUCACAAGCCUCCACUUCCAUGACUCCUUCCUCAUCUAUCUCCUUUAAAGCCCCUUGAAUAAGGGCCACAGUCUCUUCUAUGGUUGAAUGGUCAUUGAGUGUGAGCUUCCACUCACAAGGUACAUAAGCCCCCCCUCCAACCUGUUUCCCUCUUACCCAUUUUUGAAAGGGUCAAAGGAGGGGCUUUUGUGGUGGGUAAGCCUGUGACCACACUACAAAGAAACAAAAAAACAUGGUUAAUUCUAUUGAGGUAGGGUUGAAGUUGGACAUUAAAUUUUUCAUUACAGUGGAACAUAAGGCGAACCUAAAAGCAAUAUUUUGCCCUCAGAGCACAAAUAUGUCGUUCUGAAGAUAUUUAGCAUUUUGUCUUCCUGGUUGCUUUUCCCAGCUUUUUGGCACAAACGCGACAACAUGUUUGUAAUAUCUCCACAUGUUUGUCUACAUUUUUGACGGAAAUCCUGAUCAAAAUAAAAGAAAUCAAUGUAAGAACCUACUCACACUGAUUUAAAACUAAUUCCACACACAUGAUCUGGAUCAAUAAAGUGAUUUCUAGAUGAGAGUCGCAUAAAUUGCCGGUGAACACGACCAAAAACAGACCUGAUCGAUUAUAACUGAAACUACAUAUACAGGCUAAGGCAUAACCAUCAAUAUCAGUAACCCUUCCUGUCCGUUGGCAAUUUUCAAUGUGUGGUUGCCAUUUUUACUAGGUUGUUGCCAUCGACGAAACUUUGCCUGAACACACUUUAAACGUUGUAGUUUUGAGGAAAAUUAGUCUUGACUUCGUAAAAAUUCGGCAAGAUACUGAAAACUAAACAUAAAGUCAUGUACUUACAUUCGAUACCCGUCAAGAUGGCGGCGGCGGCGUCGAAGGCCAUUUGAAAACUGUCGCUUUUAACUACCGAAAUGUGGCAGGAAAGUUCCCUUGACAUUCAAAAAGCAAGGAGAAGGCUUCUUCACCGGUACUGCUAGCUCGGAAGUCCCGGAUAUUGAACGAGGAGAAGUGGAACAGGCUUUGAAAAAAGCUCCCUUGUUUCUUGCGAUUAUUUUUUCCUAUUUUUGCGUGUUUUUAGCAGAACAAUGGAAUCAUGACGUCAUCGCUUCUUCCAAAACUGGCAUACUCCCGAACUGCAAACGUGAGAGAGUUUGUAUCAGGCCCAAUUUUAGCGGUAGCCGUUAGAGAGAAUGUAUGAGAACCGCUAAAAUUGGGCCUGAUCUCAGGUUACUCUCCAUCAUAUGCCCCACCUUAUCCUACGACAACGCUCUAGCUUCGUUAGACCUACAAUCGGCGACAAAAUUGUUGAGACAUUGUACUCAAAUAGGGUAACUUAGGAGAACAAAAGAAUCCACGCCCGUCCCCUGUCCCCUCCAUUCAAAGUUGGGGUGUUUGUUGUUCUUUGUAGGUAGCUCGAACAUCGGCACAACAUUGCACGGAGGGGAUGGGGGAGUGAAAUCUAUAUUUCCUCCUUUUGAAGUUAGUAAAAUGUAAAAAAGCCCAGUUUUGGGCGAAGUGUCUGAACUCAUUUUGUUGCCGAUUGUGGAGUUACUAUUUUUUCACCAUCAGCGCCUGUGUCAGUCCCUUUUCGAUAAUAUCUUAGAGGACAGAGAUCACCGUCUCCAUCACUUUUGGCAGGACUUUCAUGUCAAGUUUAAAACUUGCGGGGCAACGAAUUGUUUUAGUUUCCACUGCCUUCGCGUAAACUCAUUAGCUAUAUGGAAUAGCCAUCAGUUUUCUGAUAAAACUCUCUUCGUAGUUUAUAUAUUUUAUGUAUAUGUAGAUACCCUUCAUACAAAUAAACUCCCUUUACAGCGAACAUUGUAGGGACCUUGAGUCAAUUGACUAUUUUCCAAUUGCCCAUAAGCCACUCUGUUUACCCCCCAAAUUUUGCAUAACUUAUUGUCUUAAAAUGCUCUUGGGAAAAUGCAAUACUCCCAGGAGCAUUUAAAAACAAUGGUUUAUGCAGAAUUUGGGGGGCAAACAGAGUGUAUUAUGGGCAAUUGGAAAAUAGAGAAUGCCCCCACUAGACCAUUAUCAAGAAUCUAUAAUAGCGGGAGUUUUCAUCAGUCAAACAUCUCUAAUAUAUAUUUGCAAGGGAUGUAGGACAUGUAGCUGCUGUCCGUAUUAUCGGGGUGUUCGUAAUAGUGGGGUACCCGCAAGGCGGGAGUGUUUUCUGUGAUUUAGUAGUUUUUAUCUUUUACAUGUAUAUAGGUAAUUUAGUCAAUUUAUCCUCUGGCGCGAUGUCUAUACCAAUAAAGUAUCCGCUAUCUAUCUAUCUAUCUAUCUAGCUUGUUCGGUCAAGAGGGCUGGGUAUUCUGGCCCGGUUCUUUUCUGCGUUUUUAUGCACCGAGGGGAAGUCGAGAUCAAAAGAAACGCAAAAAGGAACGAGGCCAAUAUCCGACAAUAUUUACCGAACAAGAUUGGACGUUAAAGGAUUGAUUAUAUGGCCAAGAAGCAGAAGAAGAGAAGUUGUCUUUGCGGAACAAACGCGGGAAAUCCCGAGCAGGCAAGAUGGGUCCAUUUUUCCCGCUCCGGUAGCCAAUCAGAAAACAGGAUUCGCUUCUUCUUGCCUUCUCGCGGAUUUAGCCAUUUAAGCCAUUCAAUAAACAGGCGAGUUUCGUUUUAAAACUCCUUGAUAAAAUACGCGUUUGUAGCUCAAAAACACUUAGGAUACAAUAAAUAAUUACAACUCAGUGCAAAAUUUUUCUUUUUAGAAAAUUCUGGUUUAUAUCUGAGGGCCUUUUAAAGACUGAGGGAGGGCAGGUAAUAACAAAGUGGCCAUGAGCGUUAAGGAAGUGAUCGCUAACGAGAGCGUUAAACACCAUAAAGUCGCAGCUCAAACGUUUUUGAUGUACGUAAUCCGAGAACAGUUUAGAGCGCCGCUGUUUUUUUUUUAAGGAUGUACCGUACAAUUUACGUGGGCUUAGCAUAAGGCUGGUUUACCUCCUUUUAAUCUGGAGCUUAUGCAUCGAUCCUUUACAUUUCUAGCCAGCAAACUUUGGAAUGCGUUACCUCCAAAAGUCAGGGAAUCACAAGACAUUGCGUCGUUCAAGCGAUCUUUUAAAGCUAACAUGGCUUGAAGUGUAGGGCUUAUAAAUUCCGUAAAUAGGUUUAGGUUUAGAUUCUGCUUUCGCCAUUUUGUAGAUCUAUUUAUAGUUAGUACAUUAAUAGUAGUAAUGUAUAGGUUACCAGAGGAUUUGAUUUGAUUUGAUAUACGUACUCUUUAUGCAUGCAUUUUUAGCUUUUUCGUUUCUUUUUUUUCAUGACUGUUAACUGUUUCAAAUGGUUUCCGAUUACGUGAGUCUAAUGAAAAUAAAAACAGAUUUAUUAAUAAGCGUAUCAUAAAUAAAUGAACCAGAUUAUUCCAUUUCAUUAUUUGAUAUCGAUGAGUCCGGAUGACGGCUUAACUUCAGUUCAAAAGGCAAGUAAAAAAAGAAAAGAGAAGAAAAACUAUGAUGGCAAUAAAAUUCGCCAGCACGCGUACUCCCUUUCUCCAUACCUUCUCUUCUUUAUUUCUUUGUUCUUUUUUAAUAUAUUACGCGUUUUAGAAUGUGGGUGAAUUUUCCGCCGUUCCGCGAUUUACGACUAGGGUGAUUUCAUUCCACCGUUCCACCUUUGGGUCGCUCCGUGGCUUUUUUUGACGGGACAUUUUAUGUCGCAUACACAAACACAUUCCUGAGGGUCGCGAAUGCUGGAGAAUGGCGGUGUCGGUCUGACUUGGGCGUUGUUAGAGGAGAUAAAACUAGUGGAAGGACGUCAAAAGCGGGAAACGAAGCUGUAGCUAUAGCAGGGUAAGGAUUCUUGUCUCUAAAUCGACUGUUUUUUUCUCCUUUAAGUAUCCUCUUUAACUAAUGACUGUGCAGCAAUGUUGCAUUUAAUGAGCAAUUUUCGCAUGUAGCUAUCCUUAAAAUGCAGCUCCAACUUAUAAAGAAGUCCAAGAAAAAUGAUUUCUCCCGUCAAUAUUAAUGAAUUCUUCUUUAACCGUAACUUGUAACUUUAACCAGCUUUAACCGAGAUGAAAAGUGUUAAUGUUUUUAAUGUAUUAUGAUGAGAAAAUCAUACGAUCAACUCACUUCCGGCUUUGAACGUCUGUUUGAACUGGCAUCAAGGAAUCAAGACUUACACAGUAAGCUUAUGUGUUUAGAAAUUAAAGAGUACAGGAGCUUUUUAAUUAUUAAGGGCAAUUAGUUGGUCCCAAGAUGUAACGCCUUUCCCUGCACUGAAAUGUUUCAACUACUAACAUAGGCGACAGAAGCGUUUCCCCCCCCGCCCCCCCGCCACUUUUGUAGAAUAAUAAAUAACUUUUUUUUCUUUUACCACGGUGAACUCAUUAUAAUAGGACUUAAAAACACUAUUUUUUUACAAAACUUUAGUUGAUUGGCUUUCCAAUAAGUCAGUUGGGUUUUGCUGCAUUCAAUUUUGCUGUAUGCAUGACCAACUUCCAUUUUUUAAAAAACAUGAGUCUCUACAUCGGAAAUAAGUUUUUGUCACCCUGAGACGCCUCAAAACAUACCUUAGAAAGAUCAGUUAAACAGCUACAUGCUUGUUCACUGUCACUAGACAUUGGCGGACACAAUCAACCCUGUUGUGAUCGCCAAGACGUUCGCGAGUGCAUGCAAAUGAACAAGGAACGGACAUUUUGUGAAGUUUGAGUAAAUGUUAACUUGUCUGUUUAAAACAAUAAACAAAGUACAUAGUCACCCCAACCCCCUAUGGAAGGCUAUCCUAUGUAGUUUUUGUUAUUGGCACUACUUAAGAUUGCAUCCAAGGGGUUCGAAAUAAGGGUCUGGAUGAGCGGGGAAACAAAUGUCAGUUGUCAUGCAGUUAAAAGGUUUGCCCAUUUGUCAGUUGUCAGUUAACCCCAUCAAGAUCCUCCAAAAUGUUUUCGCUAUCUUAAAAAAGACAGAGGCUGCCUUUUAUUCCUUAUUGCAUUUUGGAUGGAAGGGGUGGGUGUGGGUGGGGUGUAAAAAUAAUUGAAUGUUUAAUUUUAUUUUCAGCCCCCCCCCCCCCUCUUUUUAUCUCGCUCUGCCACCACUGACUGCAUUUUAUGGUUCAGUCAAUGAGCCAUUUCCAAGUUUCAAAAUAUCCUGCUUUCUAAUUACGAGGCUAAGUGGAAAACCGUUCUUGUGAAAAUGAGUUUUAUUUCCGUGAAAGUAAAAAAUUUUUUUCAUAUCAGCGGCUUCCCAGCCUUGAGUUGAUGCCUUUGUUUACAGGAAUACAGGAAAGGUCUAUAAGAUAGGACAAGCACUUAAAAGACAGGAGACAUGUAUUUAAACCAAUUGUAUCAUUUCAGUACUACCCAAUUGCAGUGAACAAUAUUGAACAUCCUGCAAGGAAACUGGUUGCCUGUGUUCUUUGUUGUUUACUCCUAAAAAACAAAAAGCCAGACAAGUAGGCAAGAGUCAAUCCUAUAGAAGAAGUGCAUAGGCAAGUUGGCAUCUAUAAUAUUGUGUUUGCCUAAUCAGUGUCAACAGAAUCUACAAAUCCUUACCUAACGUCAGGCCUGUUGGUCCAACCCUUUCAGUUAAACGGUGAUUCAUACCACUUUUCACUGGAUAAAUACCUUUGCUUAACUACAACACUGACAUGAGAGAGUCACAUCAUUAUAAUCUGAAUUGUGGGCAGUGUAAUUAAUAUGUUACUUAUAAUAGCAAGGACUUAUAUAUUCUCCUUCUAUUCAUUAGUCAUGGCUGCCUCAUCUGAUCAUCCUGAGACCAUGAAAGCAACACAGAGUCUGGACAAUUCAGAGGUUCAGUCUUUUUCUUAAUUAUUUCUACAAAUGCUAUAUUUUAUUCAAAUUGUACUAUAGUGUUGAUAUGUCAGCUGACAUGUUGACUGACAUGGUCGACUUGUUGACUAAUGUUAACCAAUAUUGACCAAGACUUGGUUAACAUAUUGACCGACAGUGAGCAGACAUAUCGACCGAUGGGUGCCUUCAGUACACAAGGUACAAGAAAUUUAUGAUUAAAUUUGCAUUGUUUGUUUGUAGUCAACUUUAGUCUAUUUGUAUGGUCACAUAUGUAUACACCUAAUUGAAGUUUAAGUGUUUUAGAAAAAAAAAAUAAAGUAACAAGUAUUUGUAAUCCAUUGAAUUUGGCAUAUUUGUCACUAUCAUGUAACAUUUUUCCUUUGGAUUUAAAAGGAAUCCUUCAUUUCUGAAACUCUCACACAAAACUGUAAAUUCGAAAUAUUGAUGGCUAUAGUCUAGAUCUCUUCAAUGGUCUGAUUAUACCUCUUCUGACCUAUGGCAUUUCAGUGUGGGGUACUGCAAGUUAUAAUGAGUAUUUCUUUCUAAAAUUGAUAAGUUUCAGAAGAAAGCAGUUUGUUUGGCUUUCUCAAGAAGGCCAUACCUGUUUUAAGCCUUCUACAGGCCUCAGAUAAUAACUUGUGAAGAGCAUCACAAAUUCUACUGAGGUCCCUUUGGCAGAUCUCCGCCCACCCACUAAAACAAGAUUGCCAAGGAAUCGCAGUCACUCUUUUCUACUUCAUCAAAUUAAAACUGAACAUUUUAAACGGCUGUGUUUUAUUGAUAGGUGUCUUUUCAAUUUUCUAUAACAUUUUUGAAUUUUAAUAUGGAAUUAUGUUUUUUUUUAAUUAAUGAGGGGCUUAUUUAUUUAUUUAUUUAUUUAUUGUAUCAACCUAGUUGAUUAUAUAAAACAAAUUUUUGUUUAAAUUGCUAUUAAUUUGUUUUCUUUCAUUUUCAUUUUUUUCUGUGACUGGUGUACUAUUUGAAUAAGGUUUAAUUAUCUUUUAAUGCUAGGCCAUUAGCACUGAUCAUGAUUAAUAUAGACAUCACUUAUUGAUGACUUACAUGCAAUAAGUUCUUAUACAUGUAAGAAGGCACUUUUCUUCCCAACUAAAUUUUUCCAUAUACAUGUAAGCUCUCUUUUUGCCCAAGACCCUGCAAGUAUUGUGUAAGAAACUUAAUCAUUGUCUUAUUAGUUUUAGAUGACAAGAGAUCAAUGCAAAGAGUUAGAAAUAUAAUUAUCAUGGUGAUAAUUUUUUUAUUAAAAAGCAAAUUAUGUCGGCAUGGUGUAAUAAAAGAGGCAGGGUAGCGAUGAAAUUUUGUGCCAAAAUUAAGAAGUAAUUCACCACCCAUGAUAUUAGUUUCAGCUAUCCCUGAAAAGCCCCAUAAUAAUGAUAAUGAUAAUGAUAAUGAUAAUGAUAAUGAUAAUGAUAAUAAUAAUAAUUAUUAUUAUUAUUAUUAUUAGAACAGAAGAGCCAACAGUUUACCAUGUACUAAAUCAGUCAUCAGUUACCAAAACCUGCUAUGUCUUUUGAGCCAAAGAUCUCCUAGCUAUUCAUUGUUAUUGCCAUGUUUACGUAGGUUUGCUCUCCUGAGACCAGUGUUCCAGCGUUACAUGUUACUCUUCUUGGUGGUGAGUGGAGUUCAUCUGCUGGUGGCUUGUCAACCAUAAACAGAGAGCUUGCUAUUCACCUUUCAAAUCAUUCAGCAGUGAAGGUUUCUUUGUUAGUCCCCGAGGGAGCUUGCAAUCAUGAAGAAAAAAAUGAAGCCCUUACCUAUGGAAUCACUAUCGUUGAGGCGAAGAGACGUGCCGCAUUUGAUCGUCUUCUUUGGUUAAGCUCACCACCCAAGGAUCAUGUCAUGGACAUCGUUGUUGGUCAUGGUGUAAAACUUGAUCGGCAAGUACAAUUCAUUAUAGACUCUGCUAAAUUUCCAAAUUGUAAAUGGAUACAAGUGGUGCACACUGCUCCAGAGGACCUUAGCAGAUACAAAUGCUACAGUGACCCCAUUUCAAAAGGUGAAACAAAACACGAAUCAGAAGUUGAACUUUGCAAACUUGCUGAUCUUGUUGUGCCUGUGGGACCUAAACUGAAAGAAGCAUACACUUCAUAUUUGCAGCGAUGUAAGACAGAUCAUGACGUUUUGUCUAUUACUCCAGGUCUUUUUCAAAGGGAGUUUGAGGAUUUAGUUGCAAAACAAGAUCCUAACGAGGAUGGUGAAUUCAAGGUGUUGUUAUUUGGUCGUGGGGAUGAUGAGGACUUUGAACUCAAAGGAUACAACAUUGCUGCUCAAGCAUUUACUGAUCAGCGGCUAAAAAACAAACCCUAUCAUCUAAUCUUUGUCGGAGCACCUGAAGGAAAACAAGAGGAAGUCAGAGAAAAACUUCUUCAUCAUGGUAUUACAGAAGCACAGUUGACUGUUAGAAAAUUUAUACAAAGUAGAGAGAGAAUGAAAGAUCUGUUGUGUGAAGCUGACCUUGCCAUUAUGCCAUCAAAAUCAGAGGGAUUUGGUCUUGUUGCCCUCGAGUCCCUAUCUGCAGGCCUACCCAUUCUUGUUGGUAGUAAGUCUGGAUUUGCCAAAGCAUUAGAGAAUGUUCUUCAUGGUUAUUCAUGCAUUGUAAAUUCAGAUGAUCCUACAAAAUGGGCAGAAGCAAUUGAAGCUGUUCGUGUCAGGCAUCGAAUGCGCCUUGAAGAGAUUAAAGCACUUGAAGCAUCUUAUGGAGAGAUGUACAGUUGGGAGGAACAAUGCGAAGCUCUCGUGGAGAGAAUGUGGAAAAUGGUCCAUGGU